AUGUUCCACCGGGUCGUCCAGAGGAGACUCCUCGUCUCCGCCCUGCGGAACCAGCAGACGCCCCUGCGUAACGCGGCGCGGACCCAACGGCGCUGGCUCACCCCGGCCCCCAAAGCAGGCGAGACUUUGAUGGAGCGCCGAGCCGAUCGUGAACUCCCAGACGUCAAAUCCGUAACCUUCCGGUGGUUCCCAACCCUCCCCAUCUUCCUCGGCAUCGUUGCCCUCUCCUCCUUCGCAAUCUUCAACUACCAAAAAUCCUCCUCCUCCGUCGUCUCCUCCACCCUCUACGCCCUUCGAACCUCGGAACGCGCGCGCCAGCUCCUCGGCGACGAGAUCUACUUUAAGGACCGCAUCCCCUGGAUCAAGGGCGAGAUGAACCAGAUGCACGGUCGCAUCAACAUCAGCUUCAAGGUCAAGGGCAGUAAAGGGACGGGUACCAUGACAUUUAGGAGCUUUAGGCCCGGGCCGAAGCAGCUUUUCGAGACGGAGGAGUGGAGUCUGGUGCUGGAUGGGGAGGAGGGGAAGAAGAUUGAUUUGUUGGAUGGGGAGGAUCCGUUUAGGGCUAUUCCCGGGGCGCAUAUGUUGAGCGAGGAUGAGGAGUUGGAUAUUGCGAGCGGGUUGAGGCAGUCGACUGUGAGAAGGGCUGCUUGA